AUUAUUUGUUCUCACUGAUUUUGCACCAAGAAAUCAUUUUCAUCCUAAUCUGAUUUAUAUAAGAGGGCAUGGACAUUAGUAGCCCUGCCAUAUGGUUAGCAGGGAAACCUAGAACAAUUGAACCAUGGUGUGUCACAGUAAAAAAAAAGAAAGAAAAAAAAGCUGAUGCACUGAGUAUUUCUGCAUCCAACACACACGCACACAUGCACACGCAUACAAUGCAAGACACUGAUUUGACCCAUAUACGCCAUACCCAGGUAGCACAUAAAUAACGUUUUAACUGAAACAGAAGAUUUGUAUUUCUUUCAUUGCAUUUCCAUCCGUGGGAAAGUGGUCCUAAAUCAAUCCUGCUGUAAAGACAAGUGUGUAGGACAGGCUGGGGUCCACUUAAUGCCGCCACCCACUCCUUUCCUUGCACACAAAGCCUGUGCGUAAUUCCAAAAAAGCCAUCCAUCUCUUCCCCUAGCAACUCCUUCAACACAAGGUCUGGUCUCCUCACAGACCCUGCAAGUCUACCAAAACGACAAAUACAUGGCGUUGUGUAAAUGCAUUCAAUUCAAGGAUAAAAGCCAGGUGGAGAAGCUGCUUCGCCCUGCUCACCGUUGGCGCGUUACCUCCUCCUCAGAAGGGAAAUGGUCGCAUCUUGUGGAGCUGGAUUCGUAUUUAUCUUUCAAAACAACCCUCCAGCGACAGCCUGACUUUAACUGCGAGCAGAAACUGGUUCUAAUCUGAGUGGCCAGUGUUUCUCGCCGCUUCCUGGCUGCAUUUGAUCCGGGGGAGAGUUAGAAGCCUUAAAUGUGUUGUGAGGGCACCGAGCUGUCAGACCUUUUGGCGAGUAAGAUUGAUCGCGCGCAGGCUUCCAGGACUCUUUGUUUGCUAUAUAAGCAACAAACUGAGAGAGGCCUACCACUUCUCUUCUUCCUCUCUCUUACUCACUAAGCCAUAUUUUUUUUGAAUGAAAAUACAACAUGUAUUGCUUGACGAAGAACAUCCUAAAUGUGGCUUUCGGGGAUUAAUCUGGAAGGGCUAUAAAACCAAACACUGCGGGGAAGAGUUAUUCAAUAACAUCCAUCUACAUAAUAACGCUGCAAAUGGAUUCGUUGUAAAUGGUCGAUUGUGAACGUGUUGGUGUUUGCUUCAUUGCAAAUUCAGGUGGAAUUGAUCAUGGAAAUACAGUGAGAUGCCUUUCUCAGCAUUGUAGCUACUGUCCUUCCAGUAAAGCCUGCUCUGUCUAGCCUUGCUCUUUUCCCCCCUUAACAUCAGUAUGAAGCUAUUCGAAAUAUUAAGAUCGUAUAUAAAAUAAAUUACUAAUGAUGUCAGCUUUUGUUAUUCCAAAAUAUGGACGGUUAACAAUCACAAAAGAAUGAGAGUCUCUGUGUUAAACUUAGUGUUUGGGGGUAUGAUCACGCACGUGCACGCGCAUGACCUCGUUAUAAAAUUGACCUUUUGUGGAAUAAACGAAAAACCUUUGUGCUUUAAUACCAUAUCUAUAGAGGCCGCAUAAAUAGCCCAUAAUAAAACAUUUUUUUAGAGUGUGCACGCACAUGUAUGCGCGUUUACUCUUUAAGUUUCUGGACAUUCUCUGCAAAUGUUAAACAGCUGUUAUGCGAUGAAAUGGUUUGAACGUGUCAUAUCCGUCAGUAUUAACUUAAUGGAUGGGCUUUCUAUUGCAACACAUGUCCAUGGAUACACUGCAUAUUUCAUUAUUAUGCAUAUCUGAAGAAAACCAUCUAUUCUGGAGUCCAAACUCACUGAACAUUGUUGGGGUUUGUUUCUGUCGAGAAGUCUCAAUAUCAGUUUUUGGGGUAUGCUUUUUUUUUCACAUCUGAAGCCAGACUCUUGCCUAUAUGAAUAGCUACUGGCGUGAAAUGUGUGAGUGUGUGUGUCUGUCUGUGUGUGUGUGUGUGUGGUGGGGGCGUUCUCGACUGACAUCCUCAAACAAUACGAGAAAGAGGAGUGCACGAAUCCGCGCACCCUAGGCUGGGCUCCUUCCCUGUAAUAGUGAGCGUCAGCCAUUCUUAAAAAACACAUUUUGUAGCUUAGUGGACUGGACUGGAGGGGCAAGAGGAGGAUAAACUGAGCGGACAAAGAUGUAAAUAAAAACAGUCGUCCCCCAGCUGAGCGAGGCGUUCUUCAUCAGAGUUUUUGGAUCAAUCAGGCAGACAGUGGCUUCUUUUGAUUAAACCCCAAAUUGUCAUUGGGCAGAGGUAAUCAUGUGACAGGCAAUUCGGUCCAAUUUCAACCUUGUCUCCAUGAAUUCAAUAGUUUAAUAGUAGCUCGGUCCCCAUACGGCCGUAAUCAGUGAAAUAGGGGAAAAAACACCAACAGGAGAAUUUUUAAAUGAUUUUUUCUUUCUCGUCCUCACUGAGCCGCAACAUUUAUAAAAAUACGCGUGCAAACUUUCCCCGGCUCUCAGGGAGCGGAGAUGAAUUACGAAUUCGAGCGAGAGAGCGGUUUUAUCAAUAGUCAGCCGUCGCUUGCUGAGUGCCUGACAUCUUUCCCCCCUGUCGCUGAUUCAUUUCAAAGUUCAUCAAUCAAGAGCUCGACGCUUUCACGCCCGACACUGAUUCCUCCUCCCUUUGAGCAGACCAUUCCCAGCCUGAAUCCGGGCAGCCAUCCGCGGCACGGCCGGCCCAGACACAGCCCCGACGGAUGCAGCCCGCUGCCCACAGCCUCCUUACCCCCGGAGUACCCGUGGAUGCGGGAGAAGAAAGCCUCCAAGAGGAACCACCUGCCGACCUCCACCGCUACGACCAUCUCCAAUGGACCUGUGUGUUUCUCUCCAAAAGGCUCGCCUGAGAUUGUGGAGAGCGCUGGGGGAGGAGGGGGUUCCCGUCGGCUGAGGACAGCUUACACCAACACACAGCUGCUGGAGCUGGAGAAGGAGUUCCACUUCAACAAGUAUCUGUGUCGGCCGAGGAGGGUGGAAAUAGCGGCCCUGCUGGACCUGACUGAGAGGCAGGUCAAAGUGUGGUUCCAGAACCGGCGCAUGAAACACAAGCGGCAGACCCAGAGCAAGGAGAACCACAACGGGGAAGGGGAAGGGAAAGGGCCGAGCGCUGAGGACGGCAUCCACAGCGACGAGGAGGACGAGGCCCCCCUGUAUGAGCGGAGCGGGGCCCUGCUGGAGAGAGAUACCUGCUCCUUUCAGAACAACUCUCUUAGCUCCACACAGCAGCUCCACAAUGGCGAGUCCAUGGGCUUUGCUGCUGCGCCGCUGAACAGCAAUGACAAAAAUCUGAAACAUUUUCCCAACCCGUCACCCACUGUUCCGGGCUGCAUGUCAACAAUGGGCCCAGGCUCGGCAUCUGGCCCGGACAAUAGCGACAGUCCCCCGGCCCUGGAUGUUUCUAUACACGAUUUUCAACCUUUCUCCUCGGAUUCCUGCCUGCAGCUCUCCGAUGCAGCCUCGCCGAGCUUGUCAGAGUCUUUGGACAGCCCCGUGGACAUUUCUACGGACAGUUUCUAUUUUUUCUCGGAGUCCUUAACUACAAUCGACCUGCAGCAUCUGAACUAUUAACUGAACUCAAUCACAAAAACUGUUUUUUGGGGGGACAAUACAUAUCAGCCUAAAAUGGUAUUAACUCUAAUGUUAUUUGUAUAGGCUAUUCGGCACAAUUACGCUGUUGAUAUUUGACUUGACGAUUAAUGCAAGGUAAGGAUGAAAUGAAAUCACUGAAAUAGCUCUACUCAAACGUGACUUGUAAUUACCAUAACAAACUGAUCUCUUGGAAUGGAAAUUAUGAGUGUGUGUGAAUAAUUAUACAAUAUUAGGCCUAUGGAACCUGGUCGUUUUUAUUUUUGUAUAGCUUCCAAUGUCUUGGAUAUUUUUGUUAGAAUACAAUUAACUUGCUACAAUCCUAU